CUGUGUUUUGUUUUGACCAGAAACUAAGAGGAACAACAGAAGAACGAUAGUUGGAAGAGUUAGUUCUUGGUAUAUUACUAACCUUUUCGUCUUCAAUUAUGGUGGAUGUUUUGCUAAAGGGUAAAUUUAGAGGUGCAAUGUUGGGCUCUUUAUUGGGUGACUGUUUGGGAGCACCUUUUGAAAGCCAAGAGUUCAUCAGCAAAGUGAUCCUUCAAAGAUACUUAGAUAAACUGGAAGAUCCAGAAUUUAAGUCUCCUUUUAAAAAGUACACAGAUGAUACAGCUAUGAUGAAGUCUGUCGCAAAAUUCUUAGUUGAAAAACCUGAUGGAGAUUAUAGGUAUAUAGCCAAGUUGUUUGUUGAAGAAUUUUUUCAAUCUCCUGGACGGGGCUAUGGACAGAAUGUUGUUAACGUAUUUCGAAAAUUGAAAAAUAGUAAAUAUGAGGACAUUUUCAAACCUGCACAAAAACAAUUUGGUGGAUUGGGGUCCUAUGGAAAUGGUGGAGCAAUGCGUAUAGCACCAAUUGCACUGUUUUAUCACAGUGAUUAUGAGAAUAUGGUUAGAGUUGCUAGUGAGUCAACCAAGAUUACACAUAGUAAUGUUUUAGGGAUAAAUGGCGCUAUAUUGCAAUGCUUAGCUAUACACCAAAGUCUAUUGAUAGAUCCAACUAAAGGGUCUGUUGACUCCAAACAGUUCUUGGACAACUUAAGUGAAAAAAUUAAAGUUGUGGAAGAUGAUUUUCAGGAUGAUGAUAACGAGUUUGCAACUGCGUAUCAAGAAAAACUGCAGAGGAUUAUGAGUUUACUUGACAAGGAACAUUCAGAUGAUUUAGAUGAUAUGGUAAUUCUUACUUUAGGUAAUGGUAUAAGUGCUUAUGAAUCUGUUCCAACUGCAAUUUACUGUUUUCUUCGGGCUCAAAAAAUGAUCCCAAAUAUUGAUACCAGCAACAUAUUUCGUCGAACUAUACAAUAUGCCAUAUCAUUAGGGGGUGACACAGACACUAUUGCUUGUAUGGCUGGAGCUAUAGCCGGUGCAUAUUUAGGGCAGCCGUCUAUCAAUGAGUCCAUUUUAAAACACUGUGAAAGGUAUGAAGAAAUUAUUGAAAUGUCUGAUAACUUAUUUAACGCAUGUGUCAAAACUAAUCUAUUUAUUAGAUAGUUAUGUAUAUUUUGUUGAAUGCGAAAUAUACAGAAA